CUGAAAUAAGGGUGAAUAGGGGGCGCGAUCUCUUCGUGUUUCGUUUCGUUUAUAUGAAAAAUGGUUUAUCAUAAAUUUUGAAUGUAAAAGUUGUUAUUAUUAUUAUUAUUAUUCAUGGCCUUUCACCGCAUGUGCUGAAAGUCAUUAAACCAGUUACAAAACCAGUGUCACGUAUAUAAUAAUAAAAUUUUGCGUCAUUUCGAAGGACAGCUAACCAAUAACAUCCAGCAGUAAAAAGCUGCGAGCUGAGCUCCAUUUAACAUAGUUUUUUUGUAAAUUAAUUACGUGUCAUGGGUAAACGAAAAGCUAAUGAUAACAUAGGAAAUCCAAACCAAGAUUUAUGCGACUUUCUAACGGAAUUGGCGAAUUACGAACGAAAUGUCAGCAAAAAUAUUUAUAAAUACAAUGCCUACCGUAAAGCAGCCAGUACUCUAAGUGGUUUACCACAUAGAGUAACAAGUGGUGGUGAGGCAAAAAAGCUGCCAGGAAUCGGAGACAAAAUCUCAAAGAAAAUCGAUGAAUUCCUUAACACUGGAAAGUUACAAAAAUUGGAAGAUAUUAAUAAGGAUGAAAGCAAUGUUGCAAUUAAUUUAUUAACACGUGUAUCUGGUAUUGGACCUGCAAAAGCAAAAGAGUUGGUGGAUGCCGGUAUUAAAUCUUUGGAUGAUUUAAAAAAUCAUCCAGACAAACUCAAUCACCAUCAAAAAAUUGGUUUAAAGUAUUUUGACGACUUUGAAAAAAGAAUCCCGCGGAAAGAGAUCGAGCAAAUCGAAAAUAUCCUGAAAAACGUUAUUAAGGAAGUAAGCAAUGAAUAUAUUGUUACAAUUUGUGGCAGUUACAGGCGUGGUAAAGAAGAAAGCGGCGACAUCGAUGUUCUAUUAACGCAUCCGAUGUAUACUUCUAAAGAGAAAGAAUCAAAGAAAAAAGUUUCAGUCCUGAAGAAUGUUGUGGAAUGUCUUGAGAAAAAGAAAUUGAUCGUCGAUACGAUAUCUCUUGGACCAACAAAAUUUAUGGGUGUCUGCCAUGUUCCAAAUGAUAACAACAAACCAUUUAGAAGACUUGAUAUUAGACUGGCACAUUACGAUCAGUAUUAUUGCGCUGUACUUUAUUUUACUGGAAGCGAUCUUUUUAAUAAAAAUAUGAGAGCACAUGCUUUGGAAAAAAAGUAUACUUUGAACGAAUACACAUUGAAACGUCUCACAUCUGAAGGAGUACCAGGAGAGGCAGAAAAGAUCACAUCCGAAGAAGAUGUUUUUCGAAUUUUGAAGUUACCAUACAAAGAACCGAAGGACAGAAAUGCUUAAACAAUGAUGCUUAUUCGUUACUUAUUGAAAUUAUUGAACAAAGAUAAUAAGAUAUUUAUUAUUUUUAUUUAUCAAAAUAAAAUAUAACGUUGAAAAUAAGUGUUUAAACUAAUAUCAUUAUAUCAGGAUACAUAGGUAUUUAGUUGUAAACGUAUA